AUGGUCUUUGGUUUCUUGAAGAAAGCGGGCUUUGUGAGGCCCGAGACGAUCCCGCUGCCGCGUUCUGCGUCGAGCCAGCGCGACGGGCCAGUCCAACUGCGCACGCCUUCUCCCUCGGCAGACUCUGCGCACGGCCCGCCGCUCUCUCGCUCGCCCUCUGCUCGCGUCUCUCGCGACGACUCUCGUCAGUUCUCCCCCGUCCGGCCCGCGCGCACCGCUGAAGCCAUGCCCCCACCCGCACCCCCACCCGCGCCAGAGCCAGAGCCCACCGCAGAGUCCCUCUCAGCCCUCAUCGCGUCAAUCCCCGCCAAGACCCUGCACGCCUACGUCCUCGCCCGCCUCCCCGCCGCCCCCGGCCCCGCACUCCCCGUCCUCCACGCCUUCUUCGCCCACCUCGCCCCGCCCCCGCGCCUCCACUGCGUCCGCUGCCACAAGGACUACGUCGACGUCGAAAACGACGACCGCAGCUGCCUCGUCGCCCACGACGACGAGAGCGCCGAGGUCGAGCGCGUCGGCCGCACCGCCAACCGCGACCGCAGGCCCGCAGGCGACCCCGGCUCCACCUACGAGACCCUCUGGGGCUGCUGCGGCAAGACCGUCGAGGGCGACGGCGACCAGGGCCCCCCCGACGGCUGGUGCUACGAGGGGAAACACACGACAGACGCGAAGCGCGCCCGUUUCCGCGCGGACUCUACGCCGUAUAACGACAAGCUCGUUUCGUGCCUCCGCCUCCACUGCCAUGGCAUCCGCAACCAGCUGCCCCGCACGUCGGCGCGUAAACGCGCGAGGAACCCGAACCUGGUGGAGCCCGACUCGGACGAAGACGCGAGCGAGGGCGAGGCGGACAGCGGCGUUGAAGAGAUCGUGGGCAAGGGCAAGAGCAAGAUUAAAGAAAAGAAAAAGGACUCGAAGCCGGAGCAGCAGCAGCCGCCGGUCGUAGACAUGGUCCAGGUCGACGAGGAAAGCGCCAGUCAGGCGGGGAGCGUCCGCAAGGUCAAUCGCAGCAAGGCAAAGACCACGUCUGCCUCUGCACCGCCGGCUAAACGCCGCGGAAGACCGCCCAAGGCCAAGGCUGGCUCCCAGGACACGGACGUCGCCGAGACCGACGACGCGGUGUCAGCCCCCCCGACGAAGCGGCGGGGCCGCCAGCCGAAGAGCAAAGAGUACAUUGAGGACUCUGACGCCGAGCUCGGAGACGCGAACCAGCCCGAGUCCAUCUCGCGCGCUGGGCCGCGGACGCGCUCCAUCAGUCGCACCCGCGUCUCUGGGUCUACGAAGAAUCCCGUGAAGGUGGCGGCGGAGAGCGGGCUGCGUGGCGCGAAGGCUAAUUCGCGAGUGCGGAAGACGAAGGCGGUGGAGGUCGAUGCGGACGGGCUGGCGGAGGACGACCAGCCGAAGAAGAAGCGCAAGGUCGCUUCGUGA